AUGCCAAGGCGUAGGAAAGUGCCCAAGACUAAGAGGUUGAGUGCGUGGAAGGCAAAGCAGGAAGUGGAGAGGCUGGCUGAUGAGCAGGAAGCCGAGAUAACAGACCAGGAGCCAGCUGUUGAGCAGGAGGUAGAGCUCAGAGAGGAGGAGCCGUCUGAUGAGCAGGAAGUAGAGGUAACAGGGCAGGGGCCAGCUGUUGAGCAAGAAGUAGAGGUAACAGGGGCCUGGGAGGUUUUGAGCCGUAGGCAGACAAGGAGCAUGUCACGGUGCUGCAGACAAGAAGGUACAGAGGCUUCAGAAGCUGCCAGCAGCAAGAGGAAGAUCACACUGAAUGACAACAAUGAUGAUGACCGGAAAAAGGCCAAACGGGAGAGAGAAAGGAAACGGUACCAAGAAGAUGAGACAUAUGCCCAGGCACAACGGGACAGGAAGAAGACACGGUACCACACUGAUGAAGACCAUGCCCAGGCUGAGCGUGAUAGAAAGAAGGAACGGUACCACGCUGAUCAAGACCAUGCACAGGACAAGCGAGACAAAACGAAGGAGCGUUACCACACUGAUGAAGAGCAUGCGCAGGAGAAGCGAGACCGCGAAAAGGAUAGAUAUCAUACAGAUCCAGAGCAGAGAGAUUUGAAGAAAAGAAAUGUGCAGAUCAACAGAGAAAGAAACCAGAAUUUACCAGAUGUUAAUAAGGCCAUUGAAAAGUUCCAGGUGGAAUGA